AUGUCGACGCUUCUUCACCGAUCCUUUCGUGAUAAAAGGCUGCCAUCAGUACCGCCUGCAGCUUCUAUAUACCACCAUGACCCUCUUCUGCAUGUUGAUCGCCAGACAAAACACAUAGAGCGCAAUCUCCAAGUGCUGAUUGAUGCUCAAAGUGAAGGCCUCCUUUCUGUUCUUGGUGGGCCUCAACGAGAUCAGGUCGCAGCUAGAAAUUUGACUCCAACAUUAUCGUCAAAUGGCAGUCGGCCACAAUCCCCUUCCACGGUGCCUGCUAGGCAGCCCGCGCCCAAGAGAAUCGGCCUUAGGGCUGCCCGGGAGGGCAUAUUUCAAUCAAUAUAUGACCUACUGAAGUUACGAGAAGAAGAACGAGAGAUUCUCACAUCUCAGACCAAUGAAAGAGACAAUGCGCUGCACGAUAUCCAAAGCUUCCUGUCGAGAAGAAAUGGUCUAGAAGAUGCCAUUACCACUAUUCAUGGUGACGAGGAGAGCCGACGUUCAAAACAACUAGAAGAACAGGCUCGGAACCUCGAGGCUGACAUUCAUGAAUUGGAGACCAGGCUGUACGAGAUGAAAGCUAAACAUCGACAUCUUGUGAAUGAGAUAUCACAGAUCAGCAACUCGGUCGAAGCCAAGCUUUCUUCCUACACUGAAUCUUUGUCUUUACUCGACUCUGAUAUCCGAAACUACCUCCGUGAUCCUCCUAUCCAACCACUGUCCCAAAACUCAGGUGAAUCCACCUUUCACUCUUUGAACCCCAAACGUCGCACACUUGACAUGGCCCAGGAGCAUUGGAAUACCGAACAGGUCAUUUUGCACAGUAGGCAGCAGAAGGUGGAUGCGGAAAUACUGGCACUAGAAGAAGGAGGCGGUGUAUGGAAACAAGCGGUAUCCGAUGUCACUGGCUUUGAGAAGCGCUUGCAAGCCAACAUGCGCCAUUAUGUUGAGAUGACCACGCCGAUUAAUCAGUCAGAAGGAUCCACACCGACGGGUUACAAAGAAGGGCUUGUGCAGAGUAUUCUGGAUGACUUGGAGAGAACCACUCACCGGAUCGAAUCACAUUUAGAGCUUGCCGAGGAUAAGGACUGGAAACUAUUAGUCUGCUGCAUCGCAGCUGAGCUAGAGGCCCUGCGAGAAGCAAGGGGUUUGCUUCUUCCCGCCUUUGGCCUCCCUGUGCAUGAAGAGGAUGCACCCCUGAACCCUACUUCUCUCAAGGACCACAGUUUAGAGGAAGACCAUGAAGACUCGCGGGCCGGCCCGCUAGGAAAUGACGACCCAGAACCUCCAGCCGAUCUGCUCAAGGAUGCAGAUCCCCAUCAUUCUGAUACCAGAUCGGAAGAUGAUGAUGAGCCCGAUCCGUCCUGGCUGGCCUGA